AUGCUGGUCCUCGAGAAGAUAAGGGAGAGUAUAGAGAGCAUUCCUCUAGAGCUGAGCCGAUACAUGGGGAAGAGUGAGGAGGACAUCUUUCUCUCUCCUAAGGCCAGUCCCUCUCAAAAUCUGCACAUCAACAUCCUCACACCAGACAAAAUCCCAGAGUUUUGCCUGCCCCCCAGGCUUUGCAAGAGAAGCCAACCGAUGGAAGCUAAGAAAACAGCACCUUUUCCAUUUUAUCAGGAUCAUACACUUAAGAGCAGCACCUUGUCACACUCUUCAUAUGUAAAGACAGAGAACCUGAAGAAGAAGAAUAUAAAUGCAUCAAUGACUUUGAAGACUAUAAAAAAACCGUUGCCAUUUUCUGCAGAGGGGUAUGGCCUGACUGGAAUAUAUGAGAGCCCCAACACUCGAAGAAAGGAGUCUUUGUUCCACUCAAAGCGCCCUGUUUACUUGUUUGAUAGAAGCCGUCCUAAUGCAGCACCCAGACUGGCAAAAGAGACAAACCUGCCAAAGAAAACGUUAUUGGGGUUUCUCCCUCUGUGCUCAACCAAGAGCCUGUCAGAGACAGGAAGCACAGGAAGUAAAACACCUUCUUCCAGUGACUCCUCUCCCCUUAGCUUGUCUUAUAGUGCUAAAUCCUCCCUCCACUUACCACCAGGCAGUGGCCAUCUUAAAGGAGCAAAAUCCUGCCCGUCGCUAAUUAACAGCAGGGAGAACAGAGUGAGAUUGAAGAGGGGGGGGUUAAGUUUAACAACAUCAUCCAGCAGCCCUCCGAGCUUAGAGGGGAGCUCACUCACCUUAGCUCCACCUGCUCUCUUCCCGCCGGAUGUCCUGCAGUGCCAGGAAAGACCUCAGCACGAACACUUCCUCACUUUGCAGGGCCGAGGAAGAGUGCACCUCUAUGCUGAGGCCACCACAUUCUCCACCAAUAAGUUUUCAUCCCUUUCCACCAUCAGAGUGUAUGUGGAGUCUGUGGAAGGUCUAUGGGAUGAUAGUGACAGACGAACCCUGAACUGUGCGGUGAAUUUGUGUCUGAUCCCAGGGAAGCUGCAGCAACAGGAGGGCGCCACCAUCAGGAACUGCUGCAGCCCUGUGUUUAAAGAAGAUUUUUUCUUCACAGAGCUCAGAAGAGAGGAACUGCAGGAGCUGCAGCUCAGGUUGAAAGUAGUGGGUAAACCUGCAGCUGGUACGAUGAGGAGAGAAACAGUGAUUGGAACAGUAACAAAACCACUGUCUGAGUUACUUCAUCUUAAAAAAUGAAUUGAUGAAUAACUCAUUUUGUGUAAUUUGGAGAGUGGACAGCAUAUGAUAUAAAUAUGACACUGUGUACAAAGAAAGAAAGGUUA